AUGUUUAGGAUACCUCCUCAGGGAGGUGGACGGAGAGCUAAAGGAAGACACAGUAGCAGUUCUUCCGGCCAUGACAAUGGCGAACGUUCAAAACAUCGGCAACAUAAGCAUACUCAUGAUCGAGGGGGAAGAGGCGAUAGAGACAGACAUCAUCGUCAUAAACGCAGAAGUCCUAGGCGUGAAAGCGUGGCCGAGGUGCAUACUACCGAACGUAGAAAACACAGAACAAGGAAUGGUGACAAACCAGUCGGGGUGAAGGAUGAAGAGCAAUCGGACACUGGGACAUCACUGAGUAGACGUGCAUCAAGGGCUGAUGUUCCUACGAAAACAAAGGCCAAGCAGGCAGAUGGCGAGCAACCAGACCUCAAAAAGAGGCCUAGAACUAGUAGACGUCCAACAGGGCUUUUUUCCACUCCAACUCAGUCUAAAGCAGAGCCGGCCAGGCAAAAGGUGGGUAAUGGUGCACGACAAGCAGAAAAGAAGACAACACCUAAGAGGCGUACAACAACGCUUAGUUCGGCCCCUACAGCGAAUGGGGAGCCGGGAGUUGACUCAGACAGUUCCUCAAAUUUAAAGACGGCAGGAAAAGCAAAGGUACAGAACGCUACUAAGAGGGAAGCUAGUAAGCGUCCUCCUGCGUCUAGAAGUACAGCAACUACGAAAAAGAAGCCUGCCCUCUUGGAGGCACCGAAGAAAAUUACAGUUGUGUGUGAUCCAAAGAAUAAAGAAUACGUUGAAUAUGUUCAAGAAUUACGCGACCUGUUUUCUGAACUGGGACUUCCAACACAUCUAUGUACAGAAGAUGGGUUUAUACAAAUCAAUAGAUCUUUGCAACAGUUCCAUUCGGAUAGAUAUUUGGCAGGAAAGCCAAAAGACGAACAACCAAGUGCGAUAGAGCAGGAGGCAAGGAGAGAUACAUUUGGAAAAUUCAGAAACAUACGCGACAGAAUCAAAGCACAUCGGAAUAACGAGACAGAAACGCUAGACAAGCAUAACGUUCGGGUUAGAGACGGUGUUCUUGACAUAUUCGAGAAGGGAUCAGAAAAAGCAAAGCUGGCAAGAGAAAACUAUGAAAAUGAGUUGAGGGAACAUGAGGAACGGGAGGAAGUCAUUACCAAACGCAUGGAGGAGUACGACGAGGGCAUAAAGGAGAAUGCCCAAGCUUGUAUCAGUGUUGCACUGAGGGGUGCGGUGGAGAGACGUGUAGAGGAGCUUAAACUUAAAGAAGAAAGGGCAAAAGCUGCUAAUGCACAAAAAUACCCAAUCAGAACAUCACAAACAUGGCCAACAGCUGGCGCACCAGAAUUUAAUUUACCACGGCAGUCGUAUUCAUUCCCUAUGAAUGGUUACGAGGGUGCAAGUGCAGGAAGUGCAGCAUAUGGGAAUUACGGAUCUACAUACGGCUCAGAAUAUGCAGAAAGUACAGACUAUACGGAAGAUUCAGUAGAUGAAGAUGAAGAUGACGAAGAUGACGAAGAAACUACAACCUAUAAGUAUAUUCCACAGCAAAUAGAAAAUGGUGCUGGAACGAGCGGAUCCAUGGGCGGGCGUGCACCAGGACCUGGCAUGAGUGAUUGGGAAACAAUGAAGAUACUAGAAAGAGAAAGUCCAGCAACUGCUGACUAUUACAAGAGACAAGUGAUGGCUCAACGGGGAAUUAGCCAUUUUUAA